ACUAUUGACGUUAGAGAAGUGACAUGUCAGCUCCCAGUACUAGUACUAGUAGUAGUGCUGAUGUAGUUAGGCCUACUAGCUCACCUGGACAUGGCUUUUUCGUUCGGACGAGCCAUUCAAGGCUUGCUAGGCCUCGCUGUAGAUGAGGUUUCUGCAUCGUUGGUAAAUGAGGUGAACAUCAAAGCUUAUAAUAACCAGAGAGUGCAUCUGCGAGAGGGCUUCCUUACGUUAUAUUACAUGGUUGGAGCCAGAAAGUAUGAAAUAGUGCUACAGAAUCCCAGUGCCACUAAUAAAGUCUUCAGUCUAGCACGAUCAUUCAAGGACAAUGAAGCCACUACACUCUUUGGAACCUUUGUCACUAAGCUUCAGCCAUUACUGGAGUUUAGUAGACAGGUGUAUGAUAGCGACACGCUGGCAAAGGCAUGUGGCUAUUGCAGGGAGGAGCCGAACUGGCUACCAGUUCACAUUGCCGCUGCGGUCGGGCUAACUGAUUGCAUAAAAACUUCGUUACUACAGAGUCAUUUAAACACUCCGGCAAUCAUCAGUGGAUUGACACCUCUACACUUGGCCGUACAGCAUGAAAACAUUGCAUUUGUGAAUGCUCUGGUUGAACUAGAGGCAGAUGUCAAUGUGCAAGAUUCCCAUGGGAAUAGUCCUUUGUACUACGCCCUGUCAAAGGAACCCCAAAUACUAGAGAUCAUGCUGCGGCGGCCAUGUUUGGAGACGGUGAACUACUUCAGCACGAGUCUGGAGACGCUGCUGUUUGCGGCGUGCGUCAACGACUACCCAGCCAGCGCGUGUCUGCUGCUGGCCCACGGCGCCGACGUCGGCUUCUCCUGUCGCAGCUACAUGUACGAGAUGCACGGUGCGGCGAAGGCCGGCAGCCUCGGGUGCAUAAAGACAAUCUGUGAGCUAUAUCCACAUGAAGUGAGAAGAAAGGAUGAUAGACAUGGUGGUACUGCUUUACACUGGGCCAGAGACAAGCAGACCGUCGAGUUACUGGUGAGCUUAGGAGCGAAUUUGGACACACCCAGCAAAACAGGUGACACACCACUACACAUCAUGGUAGAGAAGCACCGGCUUGACUGUGUCAUCGCACUGCUGUGCAGUGGAGCAUCCCCAGAUAUAUUGAACAGGAGUGGAAUGACAGCCCUCCACGUGGCUGUGCAGAUGGGUGAUUUAAAUGUGACUCGAGCACUGCUCGUGUUUGGAGCCGAUAUGGAUGCUGUUACUAAUCAUCAGCAGUCGGUGCGCCACCUAGCAGCGACGACGCCUAGUGCUAACAAGGCUGCGAUGAUUUACACACUACAUGCUGUCGGUGCUAAACGCUGUGUCUCCAGUCUGGGAGUGACUGGCUGUAAUAGUGGGUGCCAGCCCGGCGAAACGUACAACGGUAUGAUAAGCAUCCCUCCUGCUGCAUGCAAGCCGACACAUUACCUGGAGGACCUCGUUUCCACGGCGAUGUUUGCGUCGGCGAUGCAGGGUAAGGAUGAGGCGGACAGCGGUGGCAAGAAAAGACGUGGCAACGUACUCUGCCUGGAUGGUGGAGGUAUCCGGGGCCUCAUACUUGUACAGGUGCUACUAGCUAUAGAGAAGAUUGCAGGCUGCCCUGUUAUUGAGCUCUUUGACUGGGUGUCAGGGACAAGCACAGGUGGCAUCUUGGCUCUUGGACUUGCAGUUGGUCGUACGGCGAGGGAGGCGCAGGGGUUCUACUUCGGCUUCAAGGACAAGGUCUUUGAUGGCAAGCGGCCGUACAACUCGGGCCCGCUCGAGGAAGCGCUGAAGCGGGAGCUCGGCGAACACACGCGCAUGCUCGACAUAAAGAACGUACGUGUGUUCGUAACCGCAGUGCUCGCCGACAGGCAUCCGGCGGACCUGCAUCUUUUUCGCAACUACGCGGUCCCCGGUGAGGAGCUGCUGAGACAGCAGACGGGUGGCAAGGUUGGCCAGGUGAAGGCCGCUGCCUUCACGGCGCCACCCUGUUACACGCAGCAGUUGGUGUGGCAGGCGGCACGUGCGUCCGGGGCAGCACCCACGUUCUUCAAGCCUCUAGGAAUGAUGCUAGAUGGAGGGCUCAUGGCCAAUAACCCAACGCUGGAUAUGCUCACCGAAGUACAGCAGCACAAUGCUGCCUGCCUCGUGUCUGGGGAAGAUGACCAUUUUCCUCUGAAAUGCGUUGUUUCCAUUGGAACGGGACUAAUCCCCGUGAAAAAGGUGCAGAGUAUUGAUAUUGAGCUACCUUCGACCCUCUGGGGCGCUGCGAAAGCUGCAUUCGGUGCUAUGAGCCUUGUAAAUCUUCUAGUUGACCAGGUGUCGAAUUCGUCGGGACAGACCGUGGAGCGGGCGCGCGCGUGGUGCAACAUGGCCGCCGUGCAUUACUUCCGCUUCGACCCGCAGCUUUCCGCCGACGUGAUGCUGGACGAGAAGGAUGACGUCAUCAUCUUGCAGAUGCUCUGGGACACGAUGGCGUACUUGCACGAGCAGAGAGAAACGCUCGAGAAGCUCGUGUCCAUCUUGCAGCGAUAAGAGAAGGUACCAGGGUAAAAAAUACACGGGAACUAUGAGCGAUUCGCUCUUCACACCUCUGAAAUCGCUCUCGUGUGGCUCAAAAUAGCUCCCGUAAAAUUUUUGACGAGAGCUAUUUUUCGCACAGAUUUUUGAAAAAGAGCUCCUGUGAAAGAAAAUAAAUUUCCCCCCUGGAAGGUACGCGAGUGGAAAGGCGUGGGUUUCUCGUUGAUUCAAGGAAACGGAUGAUUAAGGAACGAUUUAGAUGACAGUAGUUGGAAUGGAUGUAGCAAAAUCUUUCGAUACCAGUAUAUUUAUUUAAAUUCUAACAUUCCAAUUGUUUUAGUAUGUUUUAGUAAUCUUAAGUUGCACAUUGACGUGCACGGCCACAUUUCUGUGCUGGCCUGCAUGGUUAGGCCGGCAUCAUAUUUCUUUUGUAAUCAAUCAGCAUUGAUAGCAGUUCAAUAACAUCAAGAGUACAAAAUAGAGAUGUAUUAUUAUUCUCUAUUAUUAAUCUCUAUUAUGUACUCUUGAUAACAUGUCAUACCAGCCAUAUUCACUUCUAUAUUGCAGUAAUCAAAAUAGUUAUGAUCAUUAAACCAUCAACUCCACUUAAAUGAUAAUAAGGAAUCGAGAGUUAAUGUUGGUAAUGCAGGAAGCUGGCAUAUCGUUACUGACACCUGCUGAUUUGUGUCAUAAGAAAGGAUAUGAUGUGAUGACAAGUAAUGUAAUAAUAUGAAUCACAUCUCAGAUCUGGUAAUCAUUAUAUCCCAGUAUUAUGUCCAUGUACUCCUAAACCUAUCAUCUCUGCAGAAUGUACUAUUUUAUUUUUUUUAAAGAUUUUGCAAUCAUCUAUAUUAAAUGUGUAUACAUAAGCAGGUAAUAUAUUGUAGCUACAAGAGAGCACAAAUGUGCAUGUACUACUGCAAUUGUAGUUUACAUAAUAUCAGAAGUAGAUAAUAGGGAACUAUAUUAACCUAUUAUCUACUUCUGAUAAUAUUGUAUUUACUAACAUAACAAUCUGUUUAUAUUGUUUUUGUUUAAUUGAAGUUGUUAAAUCUGAAUUUCGAAGGUGGCCUUCAAGGAUAGAUUAAAUUCCAUUAUAUCCUAUGUGUGUGACCUAAAUCUUACUAUAGGUGCGUUCACACUGGCGCGAAUUAGCGGGCUGCAAAACCCGGUUUUUGCAGACCGCUCGAAAAAUCGAGCU